UCUCUCACCUGCCGGGUUGGAUCUUGAUGUCUUGUUCUUCCUCUUUGGCCCGCCUUGGUCACGGAGCUUUGCUUUCUUAUGGGAGUAUGUGGGCGUGAUGAUCCGUCUCGCCGGCAAGCAGGCAGGCAGGCUUUGUUCUUCUUGGAUACCGCCAUGGCGAACCUUUUAUUCUUUGUGUAGAUCUAUGCGUGUAUCGUCAUCUCCCCUCUGUGUGCGUGCCGUCUCUUCUCCAUUGGCGUCGAGCUGAGGGCCUUGGGGCCUUUAAUUCUCCCUUGUCUCCCCUUUUAAUCCUUGAAAGGAGCACACGCACCGCCUUUCUUUUCCUUUGUUCCUCCCUUUCUUUCCAUCUUAUCCCCCUUUCCAAGCUCUCAUCCUUUUUAUCCCUCUUUUUCUCAUAGUAUAGCUUUACUCUCUCUCUUCCGACGCCUUGCAUCAAAAGAGCAGCCAUGUCUUGGGUGAUGGAGUAAGUAGCAGUGCUACGCCACAAACGCAACCCUACAAGAGCACAGACAAAGGGCUAGGGCUAGGGAAGCCCAUGGAGGAGAUGCUCAUGGCUGGAAACACAAAUCCUAACCAGAAUCCGAAUCCCCCGCCGGCUGCGCCCUCGGCGGCACCGGGCGCCCAGAGGCCUACUGGCGCUCAGGCAGCAGCCGCGGCAGCGCCCGGCGCUGGCGCGGCCGCGGGGGCCGGCGCCGGCGCCGGCACGGAGCGGCGGGCGCGGCCGCAGAAGGAGAAGGCGCUCAACUGCCCGCGGUGCAACUCCACCAACACCAAGUUCUGCUACUACAACAACUACAGCCUGCAGCAGCCGCGCUACUUCUGCAAGACGUGCCGCCGCUACUGGACCGAGGGCGGCUCGCUCCGCAACGUCCCGGUGGGCGGCGGCUCCAGGAAGAACAAGCGCUCCUCCUCGGCCGUGUCGUCCGCGGCCGCGGCCGCGGCCUCCACUUCCGCGGCGGUGUCCGGCACGAUCCCCGUGGGGCUCGCGGCCAAGAACCCCAAGCUGAUGCACGAGGGCGCGCACGACCUCAACCUGGCGUUCCCGCACCACAACGGCCGCGGCCUGCAGCCGCCGGAUUUCGCGGCGUUCCCGAGCCUGGAGAGCAGCAGCGUGUGCAACCCCGGCGCGACCAUGGCGGGCAACGGCGCCGCUGGCAGGGGCGUGGGCGCGCUCUCGGCGAUGGAGCUGCUGAGGAGCACCGGCUGCUACGUCCCGCUGCAGCACGUGCAGCUAGGGAUGCCGGCCGAGUACGCGGCCGCGGGAUUUGCUCUCGGCGACUUCCGCAUGCCCCCGCCGCCGCAGUCUCAUCAGAGCGUGCUCGGGUUCUCGCUGGACACGCACGGCACGGGUGCCGGGGGUUACAGCGCCGGGCUGCAGGAGAGCGCGGCCGGCAGGUUGCUCUUCCCCUUCGAGGAUUUGAAGCCGGCGGUGAGCGCCGCAGCCGGGGCCGCGCACAACAACGGAGCCGGUCAGUACGAGCACAGCAAAGACCAAGCAGGCGACGGCAGCGGGGCCAGCGGCGUCACCGGCGGCCACGAGACUCCUGGAUUCUGGAGCAAUAGCAUCCUCGGGAACGGCAGCAGCAAUGGCGGCGGUGGGCCUUGGUGAGGCGGCGCGCCAUGCAUGGCUCAUGCACGCGCCGUUGUCAGCAUGUGGAGAUAGGGAUAGAGACAGAGAAGACAAGGAUCGGAGUUAAUAAGAGGUGGAGGUGAUUAGUGUUCACAUAUGGCGUUUGAUCUCUCUGGUUGUUUGGUUUCUUUUUUUUUCUUUCGGUUUCUUGGUGUUGUUCAUGUGUGUGGCGAUCGACUUUGGGGGCUAACACAGCAGGAUAUACAGAUUAUUAUUAAGGGUGGUGAACGAACCUGUGAUUUGCAGCUUCUCUCUUAGACGAUCUAUCAUUCUUCCUGAUCGUGUAAUCCAAGGAGCAAGCUGUGUUAAUCAUGUGCCAAUGUUGUGCAUGUAGAGUAUGUAUGUAUUAAUUGAGCAGCCUUAUUUUUACAUUCUUCCAAGUUAAAA